AUGACCCAUCUGAUAUCGGCUUCAUUUGUUUUCAUUACAAUUAUCUUGGUUUCAUCACGCGGCAAUCCAAAGUACCAAAGAUUUUUCGUCAAUACCAAAGCUAUAAAUUUUGUUGACGCUACAAAGCACGGUUUCCGGAUUGUAUUAUUGGAUUCAUUCUUGGAUUCCUAUCUUGCACCAAUUCAAAUUCCGACACUUUUCAUAACUGCAAUACCAUUAAAAAGUGAUGAAUCUGCUGCUAUUAAAAUAUCCUACCCAGACAAUAUCCGGAAUGAUAAACAGGUGAGUAUAUCAGAUUUAAGAGAACGACAAUGGUACUAUAUUUGCGUUGAAUGGGAAAAUUUCAAUAGACACAACGAAUCCACAGGUACUGAUUGCCGAAUAUUACGUACGCUUGAUCGAUCUGGGAAAAGUGCUGAGACAAGUGUUACAGACGUUGAAAUCAUUGAUAUUUCAUCCACAGCAAUGCAAUUUCGGAUACGAUCAAUUGUUGAAUUUCCAAUCAGGCUAACUGCAACGUUGCAUAGUGCUACAAUGGCACAUCCAGCAUCACAGACAUUCGUUUUCCGUGAAUCUACCGAUUUGGACGUUUUUUUCCCAUUCCUGAAGCAGGAUACUGAUUACGGAAAGUUAUGCAUAAUUGAGGAACCUUUAGUGACCGGAUAUACGACAAUGGGAAGGUUAAUUGGUGAUAUGUCUAUUGAAAAAUGUUAUUUCGGUAAGCUGAGGACCAAAGAUUAUGAAUUGUCAACGUUUGAUGCAGAAGCUAGUGCUUAUAGACGAGCUGCUUCAUCUAGAAACUUUAAUUACUCAUUUUCCACAUUUUUGUUUUGUUUACUGAUCUUCCAUGCUAUUUCCAUAACUAGGUAA